UAGAGGGAAUGAAAAUAAACUUCGGUUUGUGGACCAGUUAAAAAUUUGUUAAUUUAUUUUUCUAAUAUUAAUUAGAAAUGCUGUCCAUUGAUGAAAAUGGGAUUUCCUCUUCCGAAGAUAGUAUUGCUGAAGAUUCGUCGGAAUCUGAAUUCGAGGACGACCAAAAUGCUGACUAUACCACGUUUAACGCCAGAUAUAUGGGGGAGAUAACAAGUUUACUAGAUGCCCAUAGCCAUGUAAAUUGCGAGAAUGCCUUAAAGCUCAACCAGGAGAUGCAACUACGUUUGCAAGAGGUGCGAAAACGUUUGCAAGUUUUAUUACAAGCUGUACAACAGCGGUACCUUUCAAAUGAGCACCGCCUGAAACUGAAUUUGGGGAAAAAGCAACGAGGAUUUGGUAUACGUGGCGCUUAUCUGAAAGGUGGAACUUUCUUCUUCAAAGGAAAUAUGUUCUUUAAAGAUCUAAAUUGUCGUAACUGUCCAAACAAUCAAGAUUACGAAUAUCGCAAAAAAUUUGAAGGUGAAAUGUUUCCUAUGGAUUUUGAACUGUGCAGUCGACAUGUAUGGUCAUUGUUCGACAAAAAAGCUGUGGUGCAAGCAGUGAAAGAACAGGUAAUUGAUUAUUUAGCUGAUCGCAAAUAUCGGGAUAGAAACAAUAAAUCGAAAAAUCUUACACUUGAAAUAAAAGUACAUACGGAGAAGUUGGCAAACCUAUUAUCACAAGUAGAUGAGAAAUUCCAGAUUGAUUGGGAACAGGUCUCUGCACACAACUUAAACUAUCGGCAUUCCCCUAGUAGUUGCAAAACAAUGUGGCAAGUGUACUUGCAUCCCUCCCUUAAACGUAGUGCUUGGUCUGCGGAAGAAAACAAACGUCUUUUAUGUGCAGCACAGAUGCAUAAUUAUCAAAAUUGGGAGAGUAUUGCGAAAGAGGUUUCGAAGCGUUCCGAUUACCAAUGUUUUAUACAAUACCAGACAACCGUGUGUUUUAUGGACACACAAAGGUGGGGACGUUGGGAUAAGCGGGACGACACUAAGCUUCUGGAAUUGAUCGACAAAAAGUCGGUGAACGGUGUGAUAGAUUGGAACGCAGUUGCUGCAUAUUUUCCACAUAAGCCAAAGAAAUCGUUGCACCAGCGCUACAUAUAUUAUUUGGAUCCAAAGAUUAGCCAUGAACCAUUCACUCCAGAAGAGGACCUGAUAUUGUUGGCAGCAGUCGAGGAAUAUGGUGAAAAAUUCGCUUUGUUUCCACGCACUCUUUUUCCAAAUCGUUCAAUAACGCAGCUACGGAUGCGUUACAAGAACACAUUGCAAACUCGCCACAUGCUAAAGCCUUGGUCUGUUGAGGAUGACAAGAAACUUAUGGAGUUUGUGUCUGAGCAUGGAACAUCGAGUUGGUUACGUUGUGCAGAGACACUUGGCAAUCAUAAUCGUAUUAGCUGUCGUACACGUUUCCUUACCAUACAGAAAUUUUUCAAGAAAAAUCCAGAAGCGACACUCGAAGACAUACCACGAAAGAAGAAGUGCAUUUUGAAGAAUAGUGUUAUAACAACGGAGAAUUGGGUGGAAAAAGUUGCAGAGCUGCGUGAAAAUCCUAACACAGUACUUGUACCCCCGAGUCGAAGAUUUAAAAAAAUUAACGGAAUGUCGGAAAAGUUUAAAAAGGAACAAAAAACGCGCACAGCUAACGAACCACCAAAAUGUGAGGUGUCAAAGGCAACAGAGAGAAAACAUCGGAAAGUUCCAUAUGUCGAGCGUUUGCGUGCUGUGGAACAGAAGUUAUAUCAUUUCUUCAAGUACGCGUACAACUUUCGCUUAGGCAACGAUAUAUGCACUAAACCACCGAAUGCACUAUUGCGUGAAGUAGCAACGACGCUUCAUUUUGUAGCCGAUCCCGCACGGCAGUAUGUUACAGAUACAUCGCUUUCACCAUACAUCAGUCGUCGUUGUAAGUUUUACCUGCAACAGCAAAGUCAACUAACCAGCGAAGCUUUCAAAAAACCAUUUGACCAUACUCUUCCACCCAGCUGGUCAACAGCAAUGGGCUUUCGAGCACUUUGUGUGCAAUCGGCGCAGAUACAAUUAGGAGGAUCGAAAAAUGAUGAAUGCAUCGAGGAUCGCAAACCAAGUGAAAUUGAAAAACAUGAGGCAGUACAGCGUUUUCGCAAACGCAUGCGUGCAUUAUUUUACCAAACAGCCCUUCUAAGUCGGCUACAACCCGCUCGUUUUACGAAACUAAUAACGACAGAAGUGGCAGUAACGGAAAAUUGUACAGAACGAUCGGCAUUUGAUUUGGCUCGGGUAAAGAAUGAACCUCAUGAAUUUCUAGCAAUUCAUGAACCAAUUACAGUUGUAGCGAAAGACAAACAGCCGAAUGUGGAAGUUUCGAAAAAGGCGAAAAAUACUGAAAAACAAUCGAAAGCUGUUAGGCGAAAAAGAAAAUUGCAAGUACCAACGUCAACAAUCGUACAAUCCGAAAGCGUAACAGCUGCAAACCUGGAAGCUGAGGAAGAGGUUACGUUUGAGGUUACAUUUUUAGAUGAAGCCACACUGCCUGAAAAUCAAACGGAUGCCUUACAGCGUAACUUGCACAGUAUCGAAAAGGAUGGUGAAUCACAUCUAGCGUUACAGUCAAGUACAGCUGAGUCAAGUACAUCUUUGGUGCCGGAAAGUUUAUCAAAAACUUGUAUUUCACAUUCACCCAAAAUGGUACGAAAAAGAAAAAUCGCUGCUAUUCCGUCAUCUGGAGCAGAACCUGGGGAAAAGCGGGCACACAUCGAAGCUAGCUGUGAUAGAACAGAUUUUAAGUUCACAAAUGUAAAGACUGAGUUUGAGAUGUAAUAUGAAUACGCAUGUAUGUAUGUAGAUGCCCGUAAACAACAGAAAAGGUAGGCAAAGGGAAAGAAUUAGUCAUAUUUUAAGUAAUUAUUAUUAUUUUAAACACGUCAGUGACAUUGUUUGCGUUAUUUUGGAAAAUACCGAAAUGUCCGAAUGCUACCUAGGAGUGUACAUUGAAUGUUUGAUGUAUAUACUUCCCUGAGCACUAUUUCGACCGCCUACGAUUUAUAAAUCAUAUAAAUCAAAUAAUAUCGGAAAUCUCACAAAAUGCAACACAGAAAGUGGCUAUUAUUAAUUCCUAUGGCUGUUAUAAACUUCGAAUAUAACUUGGCGUUGCUCAUGAGCUCAGGCUCAUAUGCUAACUUUAUGUUAUUUUUGGCUUUAUAUAAACUUUGCUUCGAAAAUGGCACAAAGUUGUCGCAAUUUGAUAGUUAAAAAUAUAUAAUUUCGGUAAAACGCAUUUAGAAAUUACGUCGAAAUUAUGUUUUUUUUUUAAAUCUAGGAGGUGUCCAUUUCGAUUUCACGGUCUAUUGUCUACUCAUAACCCAACUUUGUCAAUAAACCAAAGAUGGAGCUGGGUUGGGCUGAUUGUAUGUUUCUUCUUUCUUAUAACUAUAUCUGUCCAAAUUCUAAUCCGUCGCGCUAUAGCAUCACGUUCGGGAAGAAGGUGUGUUCUAGUUUCCAGGGAUUGGUUACAGAAACGACAGGAUAAUGUGCAGAUGGCUCUGCAAUAUUUGAAGUUGUUUGGUAUAAGUAUUAUGGUGUACAUUGAUCUCAGGAUUCGUGGGUUACAACCCCACGAUGUUUCUGCUAAACGUUUGCAAACCAUGAGGGCCGCAGAUGUUUUGGACAAGGUUGCGUCAGCGUGCCUUCUCCAGUUAAGCUUGGCGUCCAGAAUAAGACUUUACCGACCAUUGCUAAAACAACCUCGUCGAUAUUGAUUCCCAACCUGGUGAGAGUAUUUUUCUGGUGAAGGGAAUGAUGACUGUUUUCAGACUCACCUCAGGAUUCCAUCUAUUCGUCAGGUUUAAAUCUCUUUACAGUAUAUCGCAAAGGGUAUUCUUGAACUUGGCCUUUGUUGUGAUUACCAACGUCCUCCGAGUAUUCUUGAGCGUAUCCUAAAAGCUAAAAAAAUUGUUCGUAUAUGCUUCUUACACGUACGUGCUUACAAUCCCAUAACUCGGCCGUACUGACAUAUAGAAUUGUACGUCGAUGAAAGGUAGAUAGUUUAACGGUUUAUCAUUUUAUAGUUCCUUGUAACUUGGUUUCCAAUAUUUCGCUUUCUUAUGAUCGCACUGUCAUAAGAACUGCCCUUUGUCGUAACUUUAUUUAAUUUCGUAUUGUUAACCCACAACCGAAGUUCAACCCUUUUCUUUUUAACUAGCACUAUGGGUGACGCUUUGACUUUCUACAAUCCAUGGCAUAGUGGCCGGAACAAUUGAAGUUGCAGCAUUUAAAUCGUUCAUCGGUUCAUGUUCUCGCUGAUGGACGCUUUGACAAUAUGACUGAUCGGAAUCCUCUCACGACCUCGUUUGCUGAAGGAAAAUUCUCUAGGUUUGCUUGGUUGCGGAGCUGCCUUUCCGGAAUUCCUUCGAAGAGGUAGUCGGCAAAGACUUCUUCGCACCUAUAGAAUGUUGACGUCACGUUAUUACACGCUAAAACUGCGCCCUUAAGGUUUAAGUGUUCAGUUACACACAACAUGGCAUCGUCGACCUUAAAAAUUCCGCAAUAGUGCACCACCUGGUUGUACCAUGCACUAAAAUCAUCAGCCCCGUCGUAGGUCGGUAUAACUUCUUUUCAGGUGGUCCAUUUGAGAAGAGGGUAUUGUGUCGCAGAGCGGCAGGAAUUUGAAGUUAUCCGAUUUUGUUUGUUUUUUGAAUGACAUCAUCUGGUUCUUACGGUUACUUUGCCUGACGGUCCAUAAGCUGCGAUAAGCUGCCAACGAUUACAAAGGGAGAGGGACAGUAGCGCCCCAUAUCGUGGUAAGGCCACAGUUACUUUUGAAGUUAUUCGAGAGGGAAGCUCCGUUAGCGAUGCACAUGUUUUAAUUCCAGUCUUCGGCACGAUUCCAAUUGGUUGGUGCGGUACUCUUCGUAUAGUUGAUUGGCCGAUCACCACAUGCGCUGUUCCGCGGAUAGGUGGCCAACCAAUACCCGUAUGGAGCUUCCCUCUUUGGAUGGCGAUGCAAAAUGGAAAAAGAAUAUGUGGGUUUUCCAUGGUCACUCCGAUGAUAUUUUGAUUUGGAAUGGAAAAAGAAAGCGUAUUAAUUAUAUAGUAUCAGCAAUUUGUUUUUGUGAUAUACGUAUAUAGAAUCUCGAUGUUCUAUAUUUAUUUAUUUAAACAAAAGCAACUUUUAAAAUGCAAAAUAUUUAUGUUGAGAAAUCGAAUGAAUCGUCAGUUGCAAUUGAAUUUCAUUCAACAAACUUGGCUACGGUUCUUAUUAUCACCACUACAUCACCUCCUUUCCAAAAAGUUGGCUAAAACUCGAAUGAAUCACCUCAUUGCUUAACCGCUAAUUCGUUACUUCUUCCAUCGGAAAAUAUGCCGGUUUAAGUCUGUCGAUCGAUACUGUGACUGGUUUUGACCCCAUCAGUAUGGUGAAUGUCUUAGGGUAUCUGCUGAUCACCAGAUAUGGUCCGUCGUACGGUGAUUUCAAUGGCUUUUUAAUAUUGUCAUUCCGAAGAAAAACGUGACUACAAAAUCGUAUAUUCUUAGGAAUAACUACUGCAGGUUUCCCAUGUUACGAAAUCUGUACCGGCCUAACUGUUUCGAAAUGUUGACGCAAUUCUCGUAAAAAAUCCUUUUGAUUCAUGGAGAUAUCUUCAUCCGUAUCUAUUAUAUCACCGGGGGUCUGACAGUUUGCCAAUAUAACAUUUCUGCCACCGAAACGCCUGAAUCUUCUUUCACUGCCCAGUUAGCAUCUGCGGAGUGACACGUAAGCGCAGAUUUUAAAACCCGGUGCCAUCUUUCCACCAUACCAUUAGCUUGUGGGUGGUAGCUGGUGGGGUGUAUAUGUUUGACUCGCAAGAGUUUUGCCAACUCGUUGAAAAAACUGCUCUCAAAUUGACGUCCCUGAUCAGUGGUAAUAAAUUUCCGGACGCCAAAUCGACUGAUCCAACCACCGAGCAAGUCCCUGGCCACAGUCUCGGCUGUCAUAUCUUCCAGGGGAAUUACCUCUAUCCAUCGUGAGAAACGAUCCACACAUGUUAACACUAUGGAAAACCUCGUGCGGGUGUAAACGGUCCAACUAUGUCUACAUUGACGUGCUCGAAUCGAUGAUUUGGAACUGCAAACUGACCCAGCUCAGUUUUCGUAUGCCGUGCGAUCUUACAUCGUUGACAGGUAGGACAGCUUCGAGCCCAUUCUCGUAUGUCACUAUUCAUUUUCUUGCACACGUAACUUUUUGUUAUUAAUUUAGUAGUUGCCCUCGCUCCCGGGUGAGCCAAGCCGACAAGGCACAACGCAAAAUUUUCGGAACAUAUGGGCGCAGACACUCUGUUGAGUCAUCACAAACUAUAUAAAUACCUGUGCCUGGAUGCCGGUGCUUCAUUAAAUGCAAUGA